AUGGGAGAAGAUUUUGCCGCAGUCCACGCAACGGCCGCGUCACCGCCCACAAGUAGCGCACUAUCGCCUCGUAAUGACUUCUUUGUAUCACAGCGCGCCUCUACGGACUUUGAGCUCAGUCGCCUUGACACGUUGUCGCUAGAGGAGCAACAGAUCUUAGCAAAUAUUCAAGAGCUGCAAAUUCAACUCGUGCAGCUUCGAGCCGAACAGGAAGAGGACAGCGAUGAAGAUACUGCGGAGAAAACGGUCAAUACUACUAGUAAUCAGCUUAUCGUUGUGUCGAACAGUCUCCCUGUGUUGCUAGAACGGCAGCCACAGACUGGGCGCUGGUAUGCCACGAAUACUACGGGCGGAUUAGACAAACUCAUGUGUUUAACGGGUGUUCGGUCUGAAAUGAACUUCUUAUGGGUGGGCUGUGUGGACCAGCACAUUCCCAAAAGCGAACACGAAGCUGUGCGUCGUUUACUGCUGCAACACAAUUGUCUGCCGGUUUUUCUGUCCUCUGAUGUGGCUUCACGCCACACAGGCUUCUCGUCAGAAGUACUUUGGUCGCUUUUACAUUACGUGUCGGAGCCUCUUCCCUUUAACUUUCACACUGGCAAAAGCACAAGCUUUCAUUCGACUAAGAGAUUCAGUAAACAGGACUGGCAAGCGUAUGAAUCGGCGAAUGAGAGCUUUGCAGAUGCAAUUACGGAAAUUUAUAAUGAAGGGGAUGCCGUAUGGGUCCACGACUACCACUUGAUGCUGCUACCAUCAUUACUGCGCCAGCGUAUCCCAUUGUGCCGGAUUGGCUGGUUCUUGCACACGCCGUUUCCAGCGUCGGACGUGUAUUGUAGGUUGCCCGUACGCUCUCAGUUACUGACGGGUGUAUUACAAGCCGAUCUUGUGGGUUUCCAGACGUUGGACUAUGAGCGUCAUUUCUUAUCCACGUGUCAUCGGCUGCUAGGGGUUGAGUAUUCUCACAAAGGCGUCCGAAGCUCACUCUCCGAUCGUAAUCAUUUUACGUCAGUAGGCGUGUUUCCCAUCGGUAUCAAUCUCGAUCCUUUUGCCCAUACUGCUUCUUGUAAGUCAACACUUAAUCGAGUGAAUGAGCUGCAUGAAAAAUUUGGUGGGAAACGUAUCAUUUUGGGUAUCGACCGACUUGACGAUAUUAAGGGCAUUCCACACAAAAUGUUGGCCAUGGAAAUGUUAUUGGAGAGGUUCCCAGAAUGGCAGCACAAUGUCGUUCUCGUUCAAAUUGGCAUCUCGUCUGUCUCAGAUGUUAUCGAUAAUAAAUUUUCGACGGCGAACGCAUCAGGGGAUAAAGCUCGACGCACUGGUGCCACCAGUGCUUCAAGAGAGAACACAGCAAUUCUUCCUCGAUCUUCGUCGUUUCCAAUUGUGAAGGCUGGAAUUUUGAAUGAAAGAGGCAGUCCAGCUCGCGGGCCCUCCGAGUCUCCACCGCCUGCAGUAAGCCCGAUAGCUACUGGUAAGGGAUCUGUUGGCCGUGAUCCGUGCUACCACCUCGAAAUGAGCUCACAUAGUUACCGCAAUAUCGUCACUCAAGUAAAUCAGAUUGUUGGACGUAUCAACGGUAUGUAUGGCACUCUUGACUAUGCACCGAUUCACUUUAUUCAGCAACAAGCGACGGCACAUGAAGAAUUGUGUGCACUGUACGAUUUAGCUGACAUUUGCUUAGUGACCUCGACAUGUGAUGGAAUGAACCUCGUGUCGCACGAGUUUAUUGUUUGCCAGCAGCAUUUUAUGCGCAACAAAGAAGAACGGCUGAAAGCUGCUAAAGCAGUCAGCAGCCGUGCUGAAAGUGGAAUUACAAAAGACCUAGCCGUAAAAUCAAGUCCGGAUGAAGGAACACAGAACAAACCACCGCUACCGCCGAUUACUUCUCCGCUGCAAUCAUCAGCGCCAGUUCUCACGACUUGGGAAGGCGAAGAUGGUGGGCCUGGCGUGUUAGUCGUGAGCGAAUUCGCUGGAUGUUCUCAAUCGCUCAGUGGUGCUAUUGUUGUUAAUCCGUGGAAUAUUGAAGAUGUAGCUUUGAACAUCCACCAAGCACUCAGCAUGUGCCGAACUGAGCGGGAGAUCCGUCAGCAGAAACUUUAUCGCUAUGUCUCGUCUAAUACGGCCUCGAUAUGGGGAGAUCAGUUUUUGAGCGAACUUAACCAAGCAGUCGAGAAGAACCGCAAAUCUUCAAAGCAGUUGCCAAAACUUGACAGCAAAAGCAUCGUGCAAGCGUACAAAAGCGCUCAGAAUCGAGUUAUCAUUUUGGAUUAUGAUCGAACAUUGACUCCACAGCAUUCUCUCCUACCCCUCGCUACUAUGGGACCGAAUUUUAGAGCUCAACUUGAUGCGCUUAGUGCCGAUGAGCGCAAUACGGUCUUCGUUGUUAGUGGGAGAGAGCGAAAAUUUCUUGAAACGUGGUUAAGUGGUGUGCGGGUCGGCAUUGCUGCAGAGGAUGGGUUUUUUUAUCGUAUGAACUUGAGUAACACACGAGAGCACUGGAAGACAAUGAGUAAAUUUCAGUACGACGUUGCAAUAGCUCGGUCUGGCGGAGGUAUAGCCCCAACGGGAGCUGGCGGUGUCAGCAACAGUCUGGAAGCGUCUCAAACCCAAAGCAUGUUGCACAUGAGCAUGGGUAGCUUUCCGGCGUAUGGCCAACAAGCGUCUAGACAGGAACACAUCGAUAAAAGGGAAAAUGAAUCAGUCGCCGGUAAUGGUAUGUCGUGGAAAGACCUAGUGCUUCCUACGAUGUUGUUGUUCACGGAUCGAACUCCUGGAAGCUAUAUAGAUGACAAGGAGAGCUCGUUGACAUGGCACUACGGCGAUGCUGAUCCACACUUUGGAAGCUGGCAAGCAAAGGAUUUGCUUAUAAUUCUAGAACGGAAACUUAUCGGUACGGCACUAGAAGUUUAUCAAGGGCACAAGUCGGUCAGUGUCGAACACGAAGGUUGCACGAAGGCACGAGUUUUGGAGGGCCUUCUUCGACAUUUGUCUCUUUCGGACCAGAUUGCGAAAAAGAAAGACCAAGCAAUCGACUUUGUCAUGUGUGUGUGCGAUGACGUGACCGAUGAUCAAAUGUUUCACACGUUGAAUGCAUUGGUGAUGGAAUCAAAUGAGUGCCAUGAUGCGAGAAAAUGGAAAGAAGAACAAGCAGCGAAUGAACGGAUUCGAAAAAAUUCCAUUGCUCUAGAAACUCCAGUUCCUCUGCAAUUCGAUGCUCAACCAGUGCCGUCCGCUGCUCAUGUUUCAAAGGCGAAACUUCGAAAGCCUCGAUCACCAGAAAAUAAUGUCGUCUCUAACAAUGUUGAAUCGUCAAGAAAGUCAAAGGGAGAAGUGAGAACGCAGAGUCAAAAUGACCAAUUGAUACGGGCAGCAGCUGCAGCAGUGCGAGGUCAUGAAGAUUACUCCACUGACGAUGAUGACGAGCUGCAAGUCGCGGAGUCUCUGGAUGACGAUGACAAAGUGGCAUUUAGUCGCUUGCAGAAGGUGCCUAUUUGCAUGGCAGAAAAUGUGGCGAUCUUUGCCGUUAUUGUUGGCUCAGACGUUAAGCAUAGUGGGGGACGUCAUUCGUGCUCUUUUGCGGUAGAUUCUCUUGCGGACAUUCACAAGGUUCUUAAGGAAUUUGUAGACGUGAGUCGCAAUGGUGUGAGCAUAGCGUCGGAUGUCGUAUUAUCUGACUAA